AUGAAGUUCGGAAAAACCUUUGCCAAUCAUCGGAUUCCAGAGUGGUCAAGCCAAUAUGUUGGCUACAAGUCAUUAAAGAAAAUGAUUAAGGAAAUUACAAUACUUCAAGAAGACAUAUACAGGGCACAUAACAAGAAUAGAUACGAUGAAAGCAGGCCGCCGACAAAAAUGAGAGACUCGUCCAACAGUGCUCAAAAUUAUUUGGACUCUCCAAAAAUCCAAAAGUUACUCGGGUCAUUUUUUUUUGCAAUCGACAGGGAUAUAGAGAAAGUUGACACAUUUUACAAUUCCCAGUUUGCAGAAUAUAAGAAAAGAUUCGAAAGAUUGCUUUCGUCCAAUCAAUUCAAUGAGAUAAAAUCAACUUUAGCGGUUGAUGCCAACAAAGAAGAUGCGAUAGCACAAACCUUACUCACAAAGGAUACGAGGGAGAUGAAUAUGCUUUUAAAGGGAAAGAGUCAAGUCAACCGUGUACCUUAUCAUAAAGACGACUUGAUUGAAAUCCAGUCCAUCUUGGCUGAGUUAAGAAAGCAAUUUAGAAAUUUAAAGUGGUAUGCAGAAUUAAAUAAGAGAGCUUUUGGUAAGAUCUUAAAGAAACUGGACAAAAAGGUCGGUACCCAUCAGCAAACGUCAACCAUGGAAACUAGAAUUUUGCCGUUACAAUUUGCUGAUGAUUCUCUCAUUACCAGAGAUUUGAGUUUACUCAAAACCAUCUGGGAACAAGUGACUUUCAGGAUAAAUUCUUACGAGAAGGUGAUGAGAAGUACCUCUCCUAGUGCAAAUGCUAGUGAUAAUUCAGAAUUCUUCAGGAUAAUUUGCUUUUUUAUAGAGGAAGAUGAUAGUAAAGGGUUAAUUAGAGAACUGACAAAUCUAUAUUCGGAAUUAUCUCUGAUUCCAACGAGAGUUAUGAUUAAUGUUUUGAACAAGGCAGCGAUGUCUAAAUCGUUGGUAUGCAUUAAUGCUAUCUUAAAGAUUAUUCCGUCUCUAAAUGAUUCGGAAGAUAUCAAUAGAAGAAAUUUUUUCCAUCAUCAUAUUAUUGCAAUUGGCAAGUUAAUCGGAAAACAAGAGGUUUCAGGAAGAAAAAGGAAGUCACAACCUUUUAAAUACACCAAUGGUAAGGGCGAAAUCGUGACAAAUUUGAGGGCCCUGCAUACGACACUAUCCGCUCCAGUAGAAUCAGACAGUAUUGCAGAGGAGGAAAAAAGCUCGGCCUGUAUACUCUCUUAUAUUUUGAACGAAUUACCGGUUCAUUUGAGACCGUGCCUUUUUCAGCAUGAUAAUUACAAGAGAACGCCCUUGCAUUAUUCUUGCCAGUACGGCUUAUCUGAAAUUACGGCAUUGAUUAUCAAGCUAAUGAAGGAAUGGAAUAUCUGGAAUGAAGUCCCUAUUGAUGACGUUUCCACGUUCGGAGAUGCAGAAUCGUUGACACCUUUACAUUUGUGUGUGUUGGGUGCCCAUCCUAAAACUACAGAAGUUUUAUUGCAAUCUUUCGAUCCGAAUGUAAAGUUAAAAAGUUCGAGUUUGUUACAUUUGGCCACUGAGUGGAAUAACUAUCCCCUUUUAAACGUUCUUUUAUCUUCGAAAAGAUUUGAUAUGAAUCAUCAAGACAAUGAAUUACACGAAACACCGCUUUAUCUUGCUUGUAGAUUGAAUUUCUUCGAGGCUGCUGUGUGUUUAUUGUACAAUGGAGCAAACCUUGAAAUAAGGGAAAAACUUUUUGGCUGGACAGCUAUCUUCGUUGCAGCAGCUGAGGGGUUUACGAACAUUGUAAAACUCUUAAUAGCCAACAAUGCAAACUUUGAUAUUGAGGACGAAGGUGGAUGGACACCGAUGGAGCACGCUGUAUUACGUGGUCAUUUACACAUUGCUGAUAUGGUUCAAAUCAAAGACGAAUUGGUCACACAUCCCCAUUCACAGUUAAACAGUGGUAGCGAGGAGAAAGAAUCAUCAAACGAGAUUAAUACCAGUGAAUUAGAUGAUAAAAAUGAAAAUGGAAACGGGGUUAAUAAAGGAUCCUUGGGAAAACUUGCUGGACCAAUAAAGUCAUAUGGACAUAGAUUCUUGGAUAAUAAUGAAUCACUGAUAUUAAUAACAUUAGGAAGCAACGAUACAAGAAACAAAAGCCCUUCAAUUUCGUUGAGCCAAGAAGCACUGGCAAAUGUUGUUGGCUUGGAAACAGAUUGUGCUUUAUCACUAGUAGUUUCAUGCACUGAUUCAAUUGAUAGGUCGUCUGUAAUUCUAGAUUUACCAUUGGAGGAUAAUGUAGAUGCAGUAGACUUCAAGGUACCUUUCAAAGUUGAUUAUUCACACACAUUAUAUUUUGAUAUCGUGCCAACAUAUGGAACACGUUCGUUGGAUCCUCAUAAUAAAAUAUCCUGCCAAAAAAAUAUUAAUAACCACGUAAUGGGGAGAGGAGUUUCAAUGUUAAAUAAGUCAUACAGUUCAGUGGGAGUCAAUAGAAGCAUAUUGAAUGGUAGUGUGACGGUCCCUAUCAUUGCUAAUCAUACGCUGGAGAUACUUGGGACAUUGAAAUUUGAAUAUAUUAUCAUAACGCCAUUCGAACAUCCAGAACUGCCCUCGGAAAGGACAGAAACGUACUGGAAGUCUCUAGUGUCCACGCGUGUUAUAGGACAUAGAGGCCUGGGUAAAAAUAACCCUAAUAAAUCGUUGCAACUUGGAGAGAACACAGUCGAGUCUUUCAUCAUGGCAGCUUCAUUGGGAGCAUCGUAUGUAGAGUUUGAUGUUCAGUUGACGAAGGAUAACGUACCAGUAGUUUAUCAUGAUUUCCUAGUAGCUGAAACAGGUGUUGAUAUCCCCAUGCAUGAAUUGACGCUGGAGCAGUUUUUAGAUUUGAACAAUGCCAAUAAAGAGCACAUCCAACGCGGAGCAGGUCACCCAUCCCGCCAUAUAAAUGGGGAGGAGACAGCAUUACAAAAAUAUAGAGGGCGCUCGGUAGAUGAUUCUGACGUCAGUACAUUAAGGAAAGCCUGGGAUCUACAUGACGUUGACCCAGAGGGGAGGUCUAACAAUUUUCAUUGGUCUAACAAUCGAAUGAGGCUAACCAAGACGUUUAAGAAGAACAAUUUCAAGGGGAAUGCUAGGGGACAUUCAAUAGCUUCGUCAUUUGUUACCUUGAAAGAACUAUUCAAGAAAAUCCCGGCCAAUGUUGGGUUUAACAUAGAAUGUAAAUUUCCAAUGCUUGACGAAGCCGAAGAGGAGGAGUUGGGGCAAAUAAUGAUGGAAAUGAACCAUUGGGUGGACACUGUACUAAAAGUAGUUUUUGAUCAUGCAAAUGGUAGGGAUAUUAUUUUCUCGUCAUUUCAUCCUGAUAUUUGCAUCAUGCUUUCGUUAAAGCAACCGGUAAUUCCAAUAUUGUUUCUGACGGAAGGUGGAAGUGAGCAGAUGGCUGAUUUGAGAGCGUCAUCGUUGCAAAACGGUAUAAGAUUUGCUAAGAAGUGGAAUUUAUUGGGUAUUGUAUCAGCUGCAGCACCUAUUUUAAAGGCGCCACGGUUGGUACAAGUGGUUAAGUCAAAUGGGCUGGUAUGUGUCACUUACGGCGUGGACAACAAUGACCCGGAAAAUGCCAGUAUUCAAAUUGAAGCAGGUGUAGAUGCCGUUAUCGUAGAUAGUGUAUUGGCAAUUAGACGUGGGUUAACCAAAAAAAUAUGA